AUGCACCCCGACACGUUGACCUGGUUGAGUCUCCCAGGACAAGUGGAUCUUAGAUAUGCUGCAAAAUUAUUGCCAACAUUUCCAAAAUGUGGGCUUGUAGGUAAGCCGUACCAGCCCUUUCAAUGUAUAUCACUGCUGACCAUGAGAGAUAUAAAAUUUUUUUAUGACUCAUUUCACGAAACAUCAGAGAAAAUCAUCCAGGACAAUUUUAUAUUGAAGCAUUGCAGCGUUACUGAUCCCAAAAGAUCAAGAAAACGACAACAAGAAAAAAAUAAGCCGAAAUCUAUGUCAGUGAAAUACUAUGUGAAAAGAAGAGAUGGGCUAAUGGUUAAUGUGUGCAGACAGAGUUUCAUGAACAUUCUGGGAGUGAAGAAAGACAGGAUUUUGAAUGUAGUAAAACGGUACAAGGAAAGCAAUGAAAUGCGCAAAGAACGACGUGGAGACAAAAGAUACUUUUUCACCAGAAAAUACAAUGUUGGCUUUGGUACUCCUAAAACCGACAUGUGUUCAACAUGCCUGCAGUUUCAAGACCAAAUAAAAAAGUCAUUAGAUAUCAACACAAAGAAUCGGUUAAUGGCUCAACAGCGAGCUCACAAAAUCCGAGCAAAGUGCUUCUAUGAGCUUUUGAAAGAAGUCCAUGCUGACAAUGAGGUUGUUACAUUCAGCUUUGAUUGUCAAAAAAACCUGGCUCUGCCAAAAAUCGCAGAUCAAGCAGCCUACUUCAAUAGGCUAUUUGGACAAAUUGAGAAGGUUAUUAAAAAGUCACCUGAAAUUACAAGUCCAGAACAAUACAUGAAAGUAAUAGAGAAGUGGGGAAGCAUCUACAAGUUGGGAGUUAAUGUUCCUGUACAGGACUGGAAGUCAAAAGUUCAGAUAGUUAUGAAACCAACAUCACAGUGGCAUUUCAAGUUGCAAGUGUCCAAACGCAUCAUAAUUUUAAAAACUGAAACCGCUUAUGCAGUAGGAGGUGAAAGUUUCUAUAAGAAUGACAUGGGCACCAACCAGUCGCUGCUGAGGAGAGGAAGAAAGUUGGACAUCAAACCAAGCACUGUAGACAUUGGAAUGCCAUUGAAAUCGGAUAAGAAGAAGAGUAUCAGUAAUUUGAUUGCAAAACAUUACGGAAAAGGCAGUAAUCCGAGAACAUUAGAUCUGUCUCAAAAUAAAUCUAGUCCAUCAGAUAAUGACGGAAUAACUCUUGUAAUAAACAAUCUACAACAGGAGUAUUUUAAAGCUCAGGAAGCCCUUAAAGAAAAUGUCGGCCCUGACCUAGGUAAUGCAGAUUUUGUUACAGAAAUAAUAGAUAACACCGGUGAUUUAAGUGCCCUAAUAGACCUAGAUUGCCUAAAUAAUGCAACAAUUAUUGAAGCACAAGAAAGAUGA